AUUCACCAGUUAAAAUACCAAAUAAAAUAUCUGUUGCUUUAAAUGGCAGCUGAUGAGCUGUUGGCUAUUAAUCUGACAUGUUUGAUUUCGCCGCUGCUUAAUAAGGAUUUGUACUUGAAGCCAAGUUUUGACUAAGUAUACUGACAUACAUUGUGAAUUACUAAAUUGUCUUGUAAGUGCCUUAACAUUUGUAUAUCCACUGCUACGAGUAACUGUCUGGUAAUGAAUAGUAUUUAAGAUUUUACAAAAAAAAAAAUGCGACUAAUAAUUCCGAUAUGUGACGUUUCGCUGUUUUGGGCUUUAUGGCGACCCGUCGUUCUCCAUGGUAACCUCGAUACUGCUAUUGUGUUUGCGGAGAACGAAAACAAAGCUGCCAGUCUUUUCGUUUUGUCUCGCAUUCCUCGUCGGUCUUCACGUCUUGCGUUAAACCAAAUCUAAUUGGCAGUGCACAACUUUAAAAGAAGCCUUUUUUGGUUGGUAUUACUUUUUCCGACUCCAUUGAGCACCAAUAUGGCGCCCGAGCGCCUUGUCACGUCUUGCUAGCGCGACUCAAAGCUCGUUUUGAUGAAUGAGUUCAAAUGCUUUGAGAAUCGCUUGUUUUAUUAAAAUCAAAGCACAUACAGACCAGGCAACGUGGACAUGUGACCCCCCCUGCUGGCUGAGAAUGACCGUGGUUCCUGUUUUGGGCUUGGCCAUGCCUCUGCCCGCCAUCAUCCUGUUGGCCAUCAUGCUCUACAUGCUGCUACUGGCCGUGGUCGUGUGGAUCCGAUUCUGCUUUAAGGAACGCUGUUCGUUGGCGUGCGGUCCGUGCUGUCCCGAAUUUUCUAUGUGGGACUGCUGCUUCCAGCUGGCUCAGUCGUGCGACUGUUACCCACCCACACUGCGCUCGUGUCUAAAGGAUGUUGGAUUACCAGCCGUGUGCUCCAAGUGGGACUGCGCUUGCAUGUGUCAGCCCCCCGAGUGCGAGUCGUGCAACUGUCUCUGCUUUGAGAUCCGAAUCAAGUAGUCGUGUAUCACACACACUUUUUUGGAAAGACCACAACUGGAGUCCACACCUAACACAACACAAUACGUGGACGACGAAACACUGCAGAGAACAUUUUAGACAACUUGAGUCAACUGUACUUUCCUCUUGAUUGAACACAACACGCCCAUGUGCCAUCUUUCUCGUUAUCUUGCUUUUUGUGUUUGUAGGUGUUAAACAAUGUUCAUAUGACUCUUUUCAAAUCACAAAAAAAAUAUACAUUUUUAAUUCUGACAAACAAGAGCAUAACAUUUUUCAAAGUGUAAUUUUUAUAAUGGUGUUUAAAUAAAUACAAGUUUUGUCAAAA